CAAUCGGAAUAAGGCUUGGAGGAAGUCUUUACCAGAGUCCUUUCCCAACGCCUGGGAAUGGGUAUCAUUGCCAAUUUGCAUACGAUUUAAAUAAUUAGCAUAUGUAAAUACCCUUGGGGCGUACCCGCACAGGACAAGAGCGGCCCCUGUACUGUAAUUCCAAAGGGGGGAAAGGGCGGAACUGCUGCAAAAGUCUGGCUUCAAAGGCGGAACCGCCUGCGCGCUUUACGGCAGAGUGGACUCUUAACACGUGUUCUGUAGCCUGUUUGGCAAGGAAAGGUGGUUAACAGGAAAUUAACAGGAUUAACAGAGUUGGAAAGGGACCUUGAAGGUCAUCUAGUCCAACCCUAGUGCCCCCAUGGAGGCUAUGGAAGAGGAAGAUCCCUCCGAGAGGGAGCUGAUCCCGAGCGAGGAGGAGGACGAGGUGGAAGAGGUGGACGAGGAAGGGGCAGCCAAGAAACACCGGCAAUUGGUAGAUGCCCUCACCGCCUUGGUUGGUGGGAAGCGACGACGAAAGGUUGAACGUACUGAGGCCAGCGCGCAGAUUUCAGAAUUCGACGUGGGUGGUGGUGGUGCCGGUGAGAAAGUCCAGCUCUCGGAGCUCCUGCAGCCAGUUUCGGCUGUGCCAGCUCUGCGCCCCGUUCAGAAACAGCUGAAAAAAGCCCAGCAGAAAAAACCGACUGAAAUCCCACUUAGUAAGGAGGAGACCGAACGGGUGGUCAGGGAAGCUGCUUACACUCAGACAGCCGAAGCGCUGAACAAAUGGGAUCCCGUCGUGAAGCAGAAUCGUCGGGCGGAGCAGCUGAUCUUCCCGCUUCAGCAGGAGAGCGUGAGCAUUGCGCCCAUUGAGGAAGUGAUCUCGGGUUGGCAGGCACGGACCCCCUUGGAGCACGAGAUCUUCAGCCUUCUCCACAAAGCCCAGCAGCCGGUGAAGGAUCCGCUUUUGACCCCCCAGGAAAAAGUCUCGUUGAAAGCCAUGAGCCUGGAAGAGGCUAAGCUGCGCAGAAUGGAGCUCCAGAGAGCCCGGGCUUUGCAGUCCUAUUACGAAGCAAAAGCCCGACGGCAAGGGAAAAUAAAGAGUAAAAAGUUUCACAAAAUGGUUAGGAAGGGGAAGAGUCGGAAGGUCCUGCAGGAGUUUGAGACGCUGCGGAAAUGCAACCCAGAGGCUGCCCUGGAACAGCUGGAGAAGAUUGAGAAAGCCCGGAUUGAGGAGAGGAUGAGCCUCAAACACCAGAAUAAGGGCAGGUGGGCCAAGUCAACUGUCCUUAUGGCAAAAUAUGACCUCCAGGCUAGGCAAGCUAUGCAAGAGCAACUGGCUCAGAACAAAGAACUAACCAAGAAGGUCCCUCCAGCCUCAGAAAGUGAAGAGGAAGAUGUAGGUGACAACCCUGAAGCAGAGAAGGAUCUUGUUCCAGAUGUGGUCAAUGAGAGGCAUCUCGGAAUGGCUUCCAACAACCCCUGGAUGUUAGGAAAAAGUCCUGCAGAAUCCAAGGAGAAGCCAAGUCUCCCAGCAGAAGACAGCGAAGAGAGUGAGGAAGAAGGAGAAGAGCCACUCAUGGCCAACGAGAAGGACCCAUCUCAAGGUUCUGACGGUCAGUGGCAGAGCCUUAAAUGUCUUCAAGAACCUGGCCAUGGAGAGGUGCCACCAGAGGCUCCGCCGAGCCCCCCAUCAGGGGAGCAGCCCUUCCUGAGUGAGAAGCUGAAACGGAUCCGUACCCUGGAGGAUCUUGAAGAGAGCCUGGAGCCGGAAGACGUCCCCCAAGAAGAUGAGAUGCUGGAACCCAAAGAGACCCAGCCCGCCCAGUCAGUGGGCGCCGAUUCCCUGCCCCAGCCCCAGAUCAGCAAGUCCAAGAAGUCAGCCAAGCAACAGACCCUGAUUGACCUCAAGGCGGUCCUUGCGGGGGAACCGCUUGCCACGCAGUGCCCACUUGUGCCUGCUGCUGUGCAGGAUGAGCUGGAGUCUGGCACAAGCCAGAGGCAGAUGAUCCAAGAAGCUUUUGCGAGCGACAACGUCCUGGAUGACUUCCUGAAAGAGAAGCGAGCAGCUGAAGAAGCCGGCAAACCGAAAGCCAUUGAUCUGGUGCUUCCCGGAUGGGGAGAGUGGGGAGGCGUGGGGCUGCACCCAAGCAAAAAGAAAAAGAAAAGGUUCCUCAUCAAACCAGCGCCUGGACCCCCAAGGAAAGACCGUCACCUGCCCCAUGUCCUGCUGAACGAACGGCGGAAUGUUUUAGCCGCAGCUCAUCAGGUGAACCAGCUCCCUUUCCCCUUUGAGAGCACGCAACAGUUUGAACGCAGCAUCCAAGUUCCGGUGGGCUCCACAUGGAACACACGACGGACUUUCCAACAGCUGACCGCCCCCCGGGUCAUCACUCAGCCUGGCCAGAUCAUCCGUCCCAUCACUGCAGAAGACACCAACCUGAUCCAUCAAAAGGACAGGUCCGCAGCUGGAGCGAAACCUAGAUUUGGCGUUAACCCUCCCUCUCCGCCCACCUCGGCCCCACGUAUCCCAAAGAAGAAAGGCUGGUAGGAGUGAAUUUGUGCCGAUGUGACCAAUGGGCACAUUGGCGUCUUACUGGCACUGUACAGAACGGACGUCCUGCCUCUGGACUCUCCUUACGUGGUUUUGUUUUCUUGAAUAGUUUUUAUUGAAUGUUUUAAUCUUUAAGGAAGACACAACA